AUGGUCUUGGGAAAAAAGUGUAGCGCCGCUGAGGAUGCAAUCAUCAGUCAGCUCAGGCCGCUCAGAAAAGACUUCGACAACAAAGUGGCUAAAUUGGACCAAACAGCCGGGUCUGUUGAAAACUAUGAAAAGGGUUUCGUCCAGGAGAAGAAGCGUAUCGACAAAGAAAUCAUCGCCAUCAAUGAGUUCUUCAUGAAAACGCUAGAAAAACUCGAUGGUGUGUCCAUUGCAGCCGAUUUGAAAGCAGCUCGGCAGUACCGAAAGACUAUGGUCAAGGAUAUCCAGGCGCAAAUGGACCGUGCUGAUUCUCUGCGAUCAAGACUAUCCUUCAGUCCGAUUGGCGAAUUCGCCACAAAAGAGUAG